CUCAAAUCUCAGGCCCUCUAGAACCUUAAACCUAAACACGUCACUACAGAACCCCAAUUCCCAUCCGAAGAAGGUCUCUCACGUGAAUUGUGUUAUACCUAUUCUGAAGUUACCGAUUUUCAUCGAAUUUGGACUGUAGUGUCGUUGUAUAGUGGUUGCUUUCAUGUAUUCCCACUCCCUUCAAUCCGUAAAAGAAUGUUCGGGAGGUCACCUCGUCUCGUCCAGGGGGGAAUACCCGACCCGAAUCCUCAAAAAGAACACACCUUGCGUUGUCUCUGCUUGUAUUCCGAAACUGCAUAAAGAUCUUUCCCUUCAAUCGCCUGAGGUAGGUAUGUUGUUAGACAGUGUGAAAUGGGAUGACAAAGGUUUGGCAGUUGCAAUAGCCCAAAAUGUUGACACUGGAGCCGUCUUGAUGCAAGGCUUUGUGAACAGGGGUGCACUAGCAACAACCAUUUCUUCUCGGAAAGCUACAUUCUACAGCAGGUCACGGUCACAAUUAUGGACAAAGGGGGAGACUUCUCUGAAUUUCAUUAAAAUUCAUGACAUUUUCCUUGAUUGCGACCGUGACUCUAUAAUAUACCUUGGGACGCCUGAUGGCCCUACUUGCCACACCGGAGCAGAAACUUGCUAUUACACAUCAGCUUUUGAUUUCUUGAAAAAUUCACAGGUUGGGGAAAGCAAGAUGGCUUUAACAACUUUGUACUCGUUGGAAUCUACAAUCUCCCAACGGAAAGCAGAACUAGCAGAGCCACAAAUAGGGAAACCCUCAUGGACGAAACGACUUUUGACUGAUGACAAGUUGCUGUGCUCAAAAAUCCGGGAGGAGGCAGAUGAGUUGUGCCGAACGCUGGAGGAAAAGGAGGACAAGUCGCGGACCGCCUCAGAAAUGGCAGAUGUGCUUUAUCAUGCCAUGGUUCUGUUGGGGCUCAGGGAUGUUAAAGCAGAAGAGGUUUUACAGGUCCUUCGACAAAGAUUUUCGCAAUCAGGAGUUGAGGAGAAGGAAAGUCGCAAACCAUAAUAUUAAGCAUUGAACUGAUCACAAGUUGAAUCAUUCAUUGCGCUACCAGAUUUUGCACUUUCAAGCCAAUCAUGGUAAUUUCAAAUCAAACUGGCUUUCUUGUGUUCUAAUGCUGCUUAUCGAGAGCAGUUCAGUAACAUGUCAAUUUACUUGUGCUAUCUUUAGUCUAUGCUUUCGUUCAAUCUCUACUCUUUUACUGUGGUACUGAUUUGUAUUAGUUUAUAUUGUCUUCACUUAAUUUCGAGAGGUUUGGUGCCUCAUCUUUUUUGGUACGUGGCCUUAACCCUUUACAUUUUCGGAAAACUGUAUUAAGGUGGAACAUUCUUGUGCACUCUUGAUACUCAAAUUUACUGAUAAGGUUUGUGGAGUUUGUCAUUUUCGGAAAA